AUGGCUCGAGCCGCGCUCCAGAAAGAUGUGAUCGUCAAACUCAUCGUCGGCGCCGGGCAAGCGUCCCCUUCUCCCCCCGUCGGCCCAGCACUAGGUAGCAAAGGUGUGAAGAGCAUGGAUUUCUGCAAAGAAUUCAACGCCCGCACCUCGAUGUUCAUCACCGGCACCCCCAUCCCCGCCCGCGUCAUCGUCCGCCCGGACCGGUCCUUCACCUUCGACGUCCGCACGCCACCCACCUCGACCAUGCUGUUCGCCGCCGCGGGCGUGAAGCCCGAUCGAGGGAAGGUCCGGGGAGCGGGCAACGUGCCGGGGCCGAAAGAGAAUCAGGAAGGGAAGAAGGGGAGUCGGAAAUUCAACUUGGCGGCGCCGGGGAUGUCGGAUACGGGGACGGUGGGCACGGUCAGCCUGAAGCAUGUGUAUGAGAUCGCGAAGGUGAAGCAGGGGGAGCAGAGGUUGAAGGGGAUGAGUUUGGAGGGGUUGUGUAAGAGUGUGGUGGCGCAGGCGGCGAGCUGUGGGGUGGUGGUGGUGCCGUGA